AUUUUUAAAGUGACAGGAGAUGGCGGCUGUCAAAGAAUUUUCUUUGGAGUAUUGGCUGAAUAAAGCUACAGAUCCCAAUAAUCAAGAUGAGCAGUGGGACUGCAUCCGGGAAUUUUGUGAUCUUGUGGACAAGGAAGCAGAUGGCUCGCAGAUUGCAGUACGUUUUUUAGCCCAUAAAAUUCAGUCACCUCAGGAAAAAGAAGCACUGCAUGCAUUGAUGGUUCUAGAGACUUGCAUGAACAACUGUGGUAAAAGCUUUCAUUAUGAAGUGGGUAAAUUCCGUUUUUUAAAUGAGCUAAUUAAAGUUUUAUCACCAAAGUAUCUUGGUACUUGGUCUACAGAAAAAGUAAAGUCAAAGAUCAUAGAAAUGUUGUACAGCUGGACUCUCUGGCUAACAGAUGAAGUUAAAAUCAAAGAAGCUUACAAAGCUCUUAAAAAACAAGGGAUUAUAAAGAAGGACCCAGAGCUACCUGAAAAUCAGAUUUUACCUCCACCUUCUCCUCGGCAGCAGAACUCUAUUUUUGAUAAAGGAGAUACCUCAAAGCUUUUAUCCCGACUUCUGAGCAGUGGAGAUCUAGAGGAUCUGCAGAAUGCAAACCGACUCAUCAAAAGCCUUGUUCAGGAGGAUCAGGAAAAGAUGGAGAAAGCAAGCAGACGACAGAAAACCAUUGAAGAAGUUCGGACUGUUACUAGUCAGUUGAAUGACAUGUUGAUCAGUGUGAAGAAGAAUAAGAUGUCUGAAGAUGAAAAUCAGAAGAUAAAGACUCUGUAUGAAAGGUGUGAGAAGCUAAGGCCAACACUCUUUCGAAUGGCAAGUGAGACUGUCGACAGUGAUGAGGCUUUAGCUGACAUAUUGAAAGCCAAUGACGAACUUGCACAGGCAGUUAAUCAGUACAAGCAAGUAGCUAAAGUGAGCCAAGUGAAUGGCGGGUCUCCUGAAGUUCACUGCACAGUUAAAGAGUCUAAAUCUCCUCAAAGCCCUGGUGGCAUCAAGAGUUACCACUUGAUUGACUUUUCUGAUAUUGACUCGGUUUUCUCUCCUGUCAUGGAACACACAAAAAAUAAUCAACAUGGCAAUUCUUCCUGUGUAUCUUUGUUGGAUGAAGAAUUGAUGACACUGGGACUGAAUGACUCUCCACCACCAGAAGCACUGCGGCCUACUUCUACAGACAGAAGUCUCUGCUCACUCCAGAAUGGGUUGAACAUCAGUUUGCAAUCUUCCAUAUGCCGUAAAAACCCUGAAUACAGCGAGUCAACAGAACACUCCUCACUUUCUGGGAUAAGUAUUAAAAGCACCUCCUUUAAUGACAUUCCUCCAGUUGGUAAAUCAACAACACAAGAUGCUCUUUCCAGUUUGACUCAGCAACACAGCUGGGCACCCACUCCACUUCCUUCACUUGUGGCAAGGUCAACACAGAACCCAUUUCAUUCUAAGCCUGCAGAGUCUGCCACACGGGUGUCAACAUUUACAGUGGCUGAGUCAGCAGAAAUGUCACUUUCCAAAGUUUUUGUACCCCUGGUUUCUAUUAAUCCAGAUACUAUUCUUCCGGUAACAGUCUAUGAUAAAAAUGGUUUUCGAGUGAUGCUCCAUUUCUCCAAGAACAGCCCUCCAGGAAGGCCUGAUGUUCUAGUAGCAGUGGUGUCUAUGCUUAGUACAUCACCACAUCCAACUAAAGAUAUUAUUUUCCAAGCUGCUGUGCCAAAGUGCAUGAGAUUAAAACUGCAGCAUCCGUCUGGCUCAGAACUCCCUGCCUUCAACCCUCUACUCCCUCCCACUGUUAUCUCUCAAGUGUUACUGUUAGCCAAUCCGAGGAAGGAACCUGUGCGUUUGCGAUUCAAACUUUCAUUUGUACAGGGAAAUCAGACAUUCUGUGAAGUGGGAGAUGUGAAUCAGUUUCCUGAUGUGAAUUCCUGGGGAACCAACUAGAGCUUGCAUGGAGGGCAGUGGGUUGUUCCUGCACCUGACACAAAACCAAAGUAUUACAGAUUUCUUUACAUGUGCCUGAUUCCAUGUAGUAUGAUAAGUUCAGAGGGUACAUGUGUGAAGCUAAUGUGUGUUUAGAGCAACAGCAUUAACACUCCAUGGAGAAUUGUUUUUGUACUGGCCACACUGAACUUGUAGCAUGUACCAUGGGUUUACAGAGAGAAAUACAUUGCAAUAUGUGAGAUGACUUAAGCACAUCCGUGACCCUAUUAGAAGUCUGUGCCAGUGUUAGCUAAGAAAGUAGCAUGUGUAGUAGAGCUGUGUUUUUUUUUUUGCACUAAGUGACAUACAUGAAAAUGACAUUUAUGCAACAUUGAUCUGCAUGCAGCUGUUCUGAUGUGGCAGGAUGAAUACUUGAUGAACUUGGAUAUGGUUACCUUUAUGUAACUCUUCUUAUUAGUCCUAAUUAUGAGAAGAGCUAUGAGUAUAUAUUGAACAGGCCUUCUCAUUGACAGUCUCCCCAAGUGUGACUGUUUCAUGACUAAAUGACAGCUCAUUCUUUUGUGAUACAAGCAUUGUAAUGAUAGGUGGGCUUGCACAAAGCAGGUAAGAGGAGGCUACAGCCAGUGAUAUUAAGGUAACUGCUAGAAUGUGAAAUGUUACAAUUAAACACAUGGUUCCCUAAUACUUUGCAGAAAGACAUGUUGUACAUGAUGAGUGUGUGUUUUGUGUGUGGAUGUAUGUGUGCACAUUCACAUGACUUUGCUUGUGCGAAGAGUAAAAGUGGGUCCAUAUAAUCUUCUAGUAGUUUUUUAUUUUCUCCCCAGUGCUGGCUGCUAGCAUAAGCCCACUGUCAAGAAAACACAAGAGCCAGUAGAACAUACCAUUCAGCUAUAGAAAGACCUGUACCAUGUGCUAGUCCAUGUUGAUUAACAAAGGUAUCCACUGCUCCACAUAGCUGCUGUCUGAAUGCAGCCAAACAGCUAUGCCUACAUGCUAUUUCAGCAUACAGAUAUCCAAAACUUUUCAUAAGUGCUGGGUCAGCAUACAGAUUAAUGCAGUCUUGCACAAAUGCAUAAGGAUUAUGUCUAUGUGUAGGGUAAUACAGACAUACACAGGUCUGCAUAGGUGAUGUGCCAGCCUGCAGAGAAAUAUAGAUAUGGCACAGCUCUGCAUAAGUGAUGUAUCAGCAUGCAGAGUAAUGCAAGCAUAUAGCAUAAUUGUUGUGCAGAUUUCCACAUGAGCAGUGCAUUGGCAUGGAGUGUAACAUAACCAUGUACAAAUGAUCACAAGUGCUCUGUCAUCAUGCAGUCUGACAGUGAUGUGCAAUUUUGCAUUACACAUAGAUGGGCAUAACUCAGCAUGCGUUGUGUCCAUUUGUAGUGUAACACAUGUGCCUAACAUUUUUGUAAGUGUUGCAUCACCAUGCAGACUAUAUAUAGUUGUGCUUGUGUUGCAGCACUAUGCAGAGUAAUAUGGAUGUGUACAGCUUCAUGUAAGUGUUGCAUCAGCAUUUAGAGUUAUGGCCAUGCAUAACUUAUCAUAUGUACUGCAUCAGUUUGCUGACAUGUACAACAUAUAUAAAUGUUAUAUCAGAAUGCACAGCUCUGUACAAGUGAUGUCUUAGCAUGUUUCUCUAUAAUUGGUUGUAAAACUGACUAGUUUAUGCUGAUCUGUUUCUGUUCCCUGAAUUAAAACUGUCUGAUCACUUUCUUACAUAGAAAAUCACUGCCACUGUGGUUUAUGUUCUUAAUGUGGCAGUGUUUGAAAGAGUUUAGCCUUUUUUUCUUCUACAGUUGAUUGACCGUGACAUUAGUGGCUGUGUGUGUGUGUGUGUGUGUGUGUGUGUGUGUGUGUGUGUG